AUGGCGUUCGCUUACUCUGCAUUGAGGAUGUCGUUGUGUAGAAUUAGUCCUUUUCGUGCAAGCCAGUUCUAUCCCGCCACGUUCGCUUUAGCCCGCACCAACCGAAUCCUGUGCAAGUCUUCGCAUUCUGUAUCUUCGUCUCCUUCUCCGUCUGAUAUUUCUUCUUCUUCUUCUCCUCCUUCUUUUCCGUUGAUGGAAGCAAAUGAAAAUCCGAGGUGGAGACCCAUGUGCUUGUAUCACACUCACGGCAAGUGCACAAAGAUGGAUGAUCCUGCACAUUUGGAGAUUUUCAACCAUGACUGUUCCAAGGAACUUCCAGUGACCGCGGCUGAUCUCGAGAGAAAGAAGCCGCAAGAAUUCGACUUUCUCUUGGUGCUUGACUUGGAAGGAAAAGUUGAGAUUCUUGAGUUUCCCGUUUUGAUCUUGGACGCCAAAACUAUGGAAGUCGUAGACUUGUUCCACAGGUUUGUAAGACCCACCAAAAUGAGCGAGGAAGCAAUCAACAAAUACAUCGAAGGCAAGUACGGAGAACUCGGUGUUGAUCGCGUGUGGCAUGACACAGCUAUUCCGUUUAAGCAAGUUGUUGAGGAGUUUGAAGCCUGGUUAGCUGAGCAUAGCUUGUGGAGUAAACAAGCAAACGGUGCUCUGAACGAUGCAGCUUUUGUAACCUGUGGGAAUUGGGAUAUAAAGACAAAGAUUCCUGAGCAAUGCGUGGUGUCGAGUAUCAAUCUUCCACAGUAUUUCAUGGAGUGGAUUAAUCUCAAAGACGUCUACUUGAAUUUCUACGGACGUGAGGCGAGAGGAAUGUUGUCAAUGAUGAGGCAAUGUGGGAUUAGGGUCAUGGGAAGUCACCAUCUGGGCAUUGAUGACACGAAGAACAUCACGAGGGUGGUGCAACGGAUGCUCGGGGAGGGUGCCGUAUUCAAGAUCACAGCUCGAAGGAGCAAGUCUAAUAUGAGAAACGUCGAGUUUCUCUUCAAGAACCGGAUCAAGUAA